AUGGAUAUAAGUAAUGAGGCUAGUGUUGAUCCAUUCUCAAUUGGACCUUCUACUCUUUUUGGUCGGACCAUUGCUUUUAGAGUCUUAUUCUGCAAGUCCAUGUCACAUUUGAGGCAUCAAAUUUUUGGGAUGUUGUUAAUGUACUAUCAUAAAUUUAAGAAUUCUUUGAGGGACUGGUUGAAGCCUGUGAUAUCAUGGUUUCAUCCUCGAAAUCCACAAGGGAUAUUAGUUAUGGUGACAGUGAUUGCUUUCCUGUUGAGACGUUACACGAAUGUUAAGAUGAGGGCCGAGAUGGCAUAUAGGAGGAAGUUUUGGAGGAAUAUGAUGAGAACUGCGUUAACUUAUGAGGAAUGGGCUCAUGCUGCGAAAAUGCUGGAUAGGGAAACCCCUAAGAUGAAUGAAGCCAAUCUUUACGACGAGGAACUUGUUAGGAAUAAACUUCAGGAGCUUAAGCAUCGUCGCCAGGAGUGUUCUCUUAGAGAUAUUAUAUUCUGUAUGAGAGCUGAUCUUAUCAGAAAUCUUGGCAACAUGUGCAAUCCCGAGCUUCACAAGGGAAGGCUCCAUGUGCCCAAACUCAUAAAGGAGUAUAUAGACGAGGUCACGACCCAAUUGAGAAUGGUAUGUGAUUCUGACUCAGAGGAGCUUCUGCUGGAGGAAAAGCUUGCUUUUAUGCAUGAAACGAGACAUGCCUUUGGCAGGACGGCAUUGCUUUUAAGUGGGGGUGCUUCUCUUGGAGCUUUUCAUGUGGGUGUGGUGAAAACCUUGGUCGAGCAUAAACUUUUGCCUCGGAUAAUUGCUGGAUCUAGUGUGGGGUCAGUAAUGUGCUCUGUCGUUGCAACUAGGUCUUGGCCUGAGCUUCAAAGCUUUUUUGAGGAUUCUUGGCACUCUAUACAAUUUUUCGAUCAAAUGGGUGGAAUUUUUACUGUUUUUAAGAGGGUCAUGACACAGGGUGCUCUUCAUGAGAUUAGACAUUUGCAGAUGAUGUUGAGGCAUCUGACGAAUAAUUUAACUUUCCAGGAAGCAUAUGAUAUGACUGGGCGAAUCCUUGGGAUUACGGUUUGCUCCCCGAGGAAGCAUGAACCGCCGAGAUGCCUCAACUACUUGACUUCACCUCAUGUUGUUAUAUGGAGUGCUGUGACUGCUUCUUGUGCAUUUCCGGGUCUUUUUGAAGCACAAGAGCUCAUGGCGAAGGAUAGAACUGGAGAAAUUGUUCCUUACCAUCCGCCUUUUCAUUUGGGACCUGAACAGGCUUCAGGCGCAUCUACACGUCGGUGGAGGGAUGGUAGUUUGGAGAUUGAUCUACCCAUGAUGCAAUUAAAGGAGCUCUUCAAUGUAAAUCAUUUCAUUGUGAGUCAGGCAAAUCCUCAUAUUGCUCCUCUACUGAGGGUGAAAGAGUUUGUCAGAGCUUACGGGGGCAACUUUGCUGCAAAGCUUGCUCAACUAACGGAGAUGGAGGUGAAGCACAGAUUCAACCAGAUAUUGGAACUCGGUUUUCCAUUGGGAGGAUUGGCCAAGCUAUUUGCUCAGGACUGGGAGGGCGAUGUGACUGUCGUAAUGCCUGCCACUCUUGCUCAGUACUCAAAAAUCAUACAAAAUCCAUCUUAUUUGGAGCUUCAGAAGGCAGCAAACCAAGGCAGAAGAUGCACAUGGGAGAAGCUUUCGGCCAUAAAAGCGAAUUGUGGAAUUGAACUUGCUCUUGAUGAGUGUGUUGCAAUACUCAACCACAUGCGUAGAUUAAAGAGGAGUGCCGAGAGAGCAGCAGCUGCUUCUCACGGUCUGUCGAGCACAGUCAGAUUCAAUGCCUCCAAAAGGAUUCCGUCUUGGAAUGUCAUUGCACGAGAGAACUCGACGGGUUCCCUGGAAGAAGAUCUACUUGCAGAUGUUGCGUCGUCUUUUCAGCAAACUGUUGGUGGGUCUACUGGGCAUACCAGCCGAAACUUGCGCACACACCGAAACACACACGAUGGAAGCGAUAGUGAAUCAGAGAGCGUUGAUCACAACUCUUGGACCAGAUCUGGUGGUCCCUUGAUGAGGACGACUUCAGCAGACAAAUUCAUUGACUUUGUACAAAAUCUGGAGAUCGAUUCCAGAAUGAACAGAGGAAUGACGGGUCACCUAAACAAUCUCGUAAUCCCAGUGGCUGGCCGGGAUCAAAUCCAUCAAGGCUCAAGGGUUACAACACCAGAUAGAACAUCAGACACGGAAUUCGAUCAGAGAGAGAACAGUAAUAGAUCUUCCAUGAGCAGUGCUAGCAUUAUGGUGGCCGAAGGUGACUUUUUGCAGCCGGAAAGAAUUCAAAACGGUAUAGUGUUCAACGUCGUAAGGAAGGAAGCCUUAACGCCAUCAAACAGGAGUCAUGAUUCGGAAAACAAUAGCUCUCCCCAUGAAUUAGUCCCCGAUUGUGUGCAACUAGAUUGUCCCGAAAAAGAAACGGAUGCUAGCUCAGUAUCCGAAUAUGGCGACGAUGAUAGAGAAGAAAUUCGCGUAGAUGAAGCUGAAUCCGUUUGUGACCACGAUGAUAAUUUCCGGGUUGUUGAUGGUUGUGAUAAGCAUGUUGUAGAUCAUUGA